AUGGAUACUUCAAGUAAUACAGAAGAGGCUAGUGAGAAGCUACGGCCUGUCUAUGAACGUCUUUGGAAAUUUGGGGCUUUGAAAGGAUUUGAGGAGAAGAGGAAACGGCUUUUUCGCAUCGUCGCUUGCGCAUUCGAAUCAUUAACCCUCAUGGAAGCCACGACCAUGUUACGCGUGGGCUUAGAAGGUGAUGAGCCACUUUACGAGGAGAGAAUCACCAUCAACGAUGUUGAGAAGCUUUGCUCGAACUUCCUUGUCAAAGACACUUCCGACCGGCUCCAUUGGACACAUGACUCUGCAAGAGAUUUUGUCUUGGGUGUCAUCUUGAAGGACCCAUCAUCGAGAUCCAAUCACGAGCUGGUCGCAGACAUCUUUUUCUCAGUAAUUCGGGAUAACAAACAUCCUAUCUGGAAGAACUCACUCUCGAAGAAUCAAAGGCGUUUAUUCAUUCCUAAGGAUACUCUGCCUAGACUUGGUCUGAACUACGUUACGUAUUACGCGGACCAUCACUUGAGAAAUGCUGCUGAAAGGCCUUCAGUAUUCGAUGCGGUCUGGGUUAGGUUUUUCACAGAAGUGAUUCUCAGCGACAAAUCCGCUUCGACGUUUUGGCUCAGAAUCUGGACCAGUAAACUAGCUGCUGAACACUCUGGUCCUGAGUCCCGCUCAUCUGUGGCUUCCACUCUCGGCGCCCCUAGAGUGAGAUCCUACAUCAGUCUCCAUGAUCUUAGGCCGGUCUUACUCGCGUCCCACGUCUUUGCCAGCCUGGAUCUUGGCAUUGAAAAUUACCAGCAUACGUUUCCCAAAAGCUUGACCGAAGGACCUACAGAGCGUAAUGCGCCGAACUUGCUUUUAGAUUCUCUAGGCAAACAUGCAGCUUGCGAGAAUGAGGAACAAGAGAACGGACUGGUGUUCGCGGCGCGGGUCAACUAUCAUAUUAUUCCGGAUCUAAUGCUCGCCGUCGAACGAUACAACGGGAAUAGUAAUCGUCUACGUCAGCUCGUCGGACUGACUAAUAACGCCACAAAGAGCUCGUCGAGUACGCCAUUCCUCAUCUUGUGCGAUAGAUUAUGCCACGAGGAUUCUGCCUCUCUCCUGAACAUAGCGAAGCGUCUGCUUGAACUUGAGAAGCACCCUAGCGAUGCCCAGAUGACGGAAGUGUGUUGCCAGUGGUCACACGUUGAUCAAGAUAUCAAAGAUCCAGCCUUGGUGAGGCUCAUCCAGGCGCAAGCAGAAGAUACCGUUCUCGAGCUCUUGAGUGUACACAAACCUUGCGAACCAAACGUUCAGAGUUCACUGAGAGGCGGAACCGCACUGCAUGGUGCUGCAUGCAAAGGGUAUUUUAGGAUUGUUAAGAUAUUGGUAGAGGACUGCCAUGCCUCAUUGGACAUGCUCGACAGGAAUAAUCGGACACCUUUGGAGGCUGUUCGCAAAGAGCAUUCAGAGCUAGAGCUUUUGACUACUCAUUGGGAGGAUGAGCUUGAGUUGCCUAUAGAUCCAGAGAUUGGAAACAUCUCUGAGCUGAAUCAAGUAAUCGAUUAUCUGGAGGGGGUCGAAGUUGAUAAUGACGCAGCUGGUAGUCUAGUACAUCAUCUAUGA